CCAGCUGGUACCACCCUCUAAAUCAGUGUUUUUUUCCCUCUCAUCAUUCACUGGUAAUAACUCUGUAUCUUUAUAUAGCUUCACCACCUUUCUAUUCUCCAGUACAAAUUUUUAGUUUUGGCAUUUUGAUUUCAUUUCUCUCUGAAUUCCUCUUGGUAAGGAAUUUGGAGAGUUGGUAAAAUAUUUGCUACAUAGACUUUCUGAAAGCCAUGGAGCUAUCUAUGAUUUUCAUGUUUAGUAGCACACUACUGUUCUUGUUCACUUCAACAGCAUAUGUUCAAGCUGCUAGUCCUCCCGCAGCAAUCCUGCCACCCACUCCAGCACCAGCACCAGCACCAAUACCUCCUUAUGUAAAUCUCACUGAUUUACUUUCUGUUGCUGGCCCAUUCCACACUUUCCUUAGUUACCUUGUGUCCACCAAAGCCAUUGACACCUUCCAAAACCAAGCCAACAAUACAGAUGAAGGCAUUACCAUCUUUGUACCAAAAGACGGCGCUUUUUCAUCUCUUAAGAAGCCUUCUUUAACAAACCUCAGUCAAGAUCAGCUCAAGCAACUCGUCCUUUUCCAUGCCUUGCCCCAUUAUUACUCUCUUGCUGAAUUCAAGAACCUUAGCCAAUUAAGCCCUGUUAGCACAUUUGCUGGUGCGGGUGAAUAUGCUUUGAACUUUACUGAUGUAUCUGGGACUGUACACCUUGAUUCAGGAUGGACUAAAACUAAAGUUAGCAGCAGUGUACAUUCAACUGAUCCUGUUGCAAUUUAUCAAGUUGAUAAGGUUCUUCUACCUGAGGCAAUUUUUGGUACUGAUAUACCUCCGACUCCUGCCCCAGCACCAGCUCCCGAAAUUAGCCCAGUAGCCGAUUCUCCAUCAUCUGAAGUGACUGCAGAUAAAGGGCAUGCUCCUGGAGUUGCCCCGCCAAACUCUUCAUAUAGAAUCAGUAACAUGGGUAUUUGGAGUCAAUUGGUUCUUGCAGUUUCAGGUGUGCUGGUCUUAUUCUUGUAAGGGAAAAUUCAUGGAUAUGAGCCUCUAAUUUAUGUUGAGAGGGUACCUCCGGAUUUCGUUUUAUCUGCUUUGAUUUUCAAACCAUUUUUUGAUUAUAUAUGUUACUGAAAUUUAUGUAAGUGAAUGAAUGUUACCCUUAUGAUCUCUGUUUCUACGCAAACCACCUUUUUUGCUUGAUCCAUUGCUUGUAUUUGGUAAUGGCUAUACUUUUAUGGAGUUGAUAUUCUUAAGCAUUA